AUGGAUGGACUGACCACACCCAGAGAAGAUAUUCUCAAGUCUCCUGUAAUAAUUUUUACUGAUACCUGUCCAAAAUCAUUGCUUAGUCAGAAAGAAAUCAAACCAGUGCAAUCCAAAUCCCCUGGAGCAAAAAACAAGGAAAUCUUUUCACAACUAGAAAAUUGCCAGAAAUUCUAUGGCACUAUUGUGACACAAAGGCUUCAAAGAGUGAGUGCUGAAGAUUUUACUGCCCAACCAGAUAAGCGGACAUGUUGGAUUAAAGGCUGUCUUUUCAAGCCACUUUCUGCUGCAUUGGAUUCCAACAGAGCCAUCAUCAGUUUGCAGAAUGUGGAGAUCAUCUUUACUGACAUCCUCACUAUUCACAAGGUUCACAAGGAAUUAAGUGAAAACCUUAAGAACCGUUUUGCUGACUGGAAUGGAAUCACAAGUUGCAUUGGGGAUAUUUUUGUGAAAUUCUCUGCACUUCUUCAAGCCCAUGUCAAUUUGGUCAACAACUGUGACGCUAUUCUACGAUGCAUUGAAAGAGCCAAGGAAUCAAUGCCAGCAUUUCGCGCUUUUCUUUGCCGCCACCUGAGAAGACCAGAAGUCAAGAUGAUGACGCUACAGGAAGUGUUAUUUUCUCCCUUUGAAAGAAUAAGAGAAUACGUAACCCUACUGUCUUGGUUUCAAGUUUAUACACCCUACAACCAUCCGGACAGGGAUGACCUCAGUUCUGUAAUAGACAGCUUCUCGCAACUGAACACCUAUGUCUCUCAGACAAAGCUCAGAUUGCAAAGAGAAGAAGAAUUAGUCCGCUUGAGAAGAGAAAUAUUGAAUUGUCCCGUAUUGCUUGAGGGUAAUCGCCAUUUCUUAAAGCAACAAGAUGUAUUUCUUGUCCAGCCUAUGUCUUCCGCUGUCGCACCUGAACUACGUGUUCAUAUCUAUCUAUCUAUCUAUUUAUCUAUCUAUCUAUCUAUCUAUCUACAUUGGUUGUUGUAA